UCGGUGCAAAUCUGGGAAAACGUGGUGCAGAAAGUGCAGGUGGUACGCACAGAUUAACGGGUAUCGUUAUGACGUGCGCUGUCGAAAUGAAAGAAAAGUAGAGAUAUGCCCAACGUUGCGUACUUUUCAUCCUGCAUUUUCUAAUUGUUAAAUAUCCGAGUUGAGAUGUUAUCAUUAGGAUGUCCGCACUGUUACGGAGUAUGGCUGGCUGCGCUCGUUGUAAUUUUGUUUUUUGUGAUAAUAUAUGCGACGAGCGAGCGAUACCCCAAGAUCUCGAGAGACAAAAGCGAAAAGUUCUUCCUCGACUGUCGGACAAAGACAAAAGAGGCGUUCCCUUCGUUGCAGGAUCCCUGGAGCGUACACCUCAGCGUCAUUAUACCUGCUUACAAUGAGGAGCAGAGACUGCCCCCGAUGCUGGACGAGUGUCUGGGAUACUUGGAGGAGCGUAGCAAGUCUGGAUUGACUUACGAGGUGAUAGUAGUCAGCGACGGCAGUACAGACAAGACUGUGGAUUUGGCGCAUUCUUACGCAUCAAGAUACAACACACUGAGAGUAUUGAACCUUGUAACAAAUAGAGGGAAGGGUGGUGCUGUAAGACUGGGUAUGCUGAGCGCAAGGGGCAGCGCUUUGUUAUUCGCAGAUGCAGAUGGUGCUACCAAGUUUAACGAUUUAAAAAAAUUAGAUGAGAGUUUGACAAACGUUUUAGGAUUCGAUUACACGAGUGAACCUGAGAAAACGGCGUCGUCCGACGCGGUGAUAUGUGGAUCAAGAGCGCAUUUAGAGAAAGAAGAGACUGCCAAACGAACCUACUUCCGACUUCUUCUCAUGUACGGAUUUCACUUCCUAGUCUGGCUGCUGUGCGUCAGAGGCAUUAGAGAUACGCAAUGCGGAUUCAAACUCCUAACGAGAAAAUCAGCGAGAACGAUAUUCGAGGCGUUGCACGUUGAACGCUGGGCAUUUGACGUAGAGAUGCUCUACAUCGCUCAGACUCUCAACAUUCCCGUGACUGAAAUAGCGGUUAACUGGACGGAAAUAGAGGGCUCCAAGAUAAUACCGUUUUGGAGCUGGCUGCAGAUGGGCAGGGAUUUAUUCUUUAUCUGGCUUAGAUACACAAUCGGAGCGUGGAGGAUAAAUAAACCUAAAACGACUUAAUAUCCACGUGUAAAAAGUCCAUCGAGAGAUUUCCAUAUUGAAUCCUUGCUCUUUCUCCUGAUCUUUUUAUACGACUAUUUUUCAUAAUAAAGUACAUUACGAAAAUUAUACACACAUAGAGAACACGGCUUUUAUAAAAUUCUUUGCAAAUGAUAUGCAAGGAGGUAAUAAAAAAGGGCAAAUACGAUUGUAAGAUAAGUGAUUAAGAGCAAUGAAAGAUCUUUAACGUGAAAAUCAAUGAUAGCUACGUAUAUAGGAUAAAUCAAUAGUAUUGUAAUAUACACAAAAUUUUCAA